UGUGCAGCCGGCUCCCUGUCUCACAGCCAAUAGGCUCAGUGCAGCUUUAGCAGCGCACGCGGAUCAUCUGCGCCCGGGCGCAGGGGAGCUCCUGUGUGUAAGGCCGAUCCAGCAGCGCACAGAAGAGCGUUGGGGGCCAGGCCGAGCAGCAUGUCGGGCCCCGGGCUGCUUGUGGAGCUGCUGGGAGAGAAGCUGGUGAAUUCGGAACGGGAGGAAGUGGAUGUGCAGGCUCUGGGCUCCAGGGUGUCUUUGAUCGGACUGCUGUUCGGCUGCGGGAUGAGCGCCCCUUGCCUGCAACUGCUCCCUGGCCUGAACGACUUCUACUGCAAGACUCGGGACCGCCUGGAGAUCGUCUUCGUCUCCUCCGACCCCGACCAAAAGAAAUGGCAGCUCUUUGUCAAGGACAUGCCUUGGCUGGCACUGCCCUACCAGGAGAAGCACAGAAAGCUCAAAUUAUGGAAUAAGUUCAGAAUUUCCAACAUUCCCUCACUCAUAUUUAUCGAGGCCUCUACCAUCAAGACUGUAUGUAGAAAUGGACUGUUGUUAGUAAGAGAUGACCCAGAAGGACUGGAGUUUCCUUGGGGCCCAAAACCUUUCUGUGAAGUGAUUGCUGGCCCUUUAAUCAGGAACAAUGGCCAGUCACAGGAAAGCAGCACUCUGGAAGGGUCUUAUGUUGGUGUCUAUUUUUCUGCACAUUGGUGUCCUCCAUGCCGCAGUCUCACUCGCGUUCUGGUGGAAUCAUACCGGAAAAUUAAAGAAUCUGGACAGAAGUUUGAAAUUGUGUUAGUCAGUGCUGACAGGUCAGAAGAAUCCUUUAAGCAGUAUUUCAAUGAAAUGCCCUGGCUGGCUGUCCCAUACAGUGACGAAGCAAGAAGGUCACGGCUGAAUCGAUUAUAUGGAAUACAAGGUAUCCCUAACCUCAUCAUAUUAGACCCCAAAGGCGAGGUGAUUACAAGACAAGGGCGUGUAGAAGUCCUUCGAGAUAUUGACUGCAAGGAGUUUCCAUGGCACCCAAAGCCUGUAGUGGAGUUGACUGAAUUAAAUGCAGUGCAAUUAAACGAGGGACCCUGUCUUGUUCUCUUCGUAGAUUCAGAGGAUGAAGGGGAAUCCGAAGCUGCUAAACAGCUGAUCCAGCCCAUAGCUGAAAAAAUAAUAGCACAGUAUAAAGCCAAAGACGAGGAUGCACCACUACUGUUCUUUGUCGCAGGGGAGGAUGACAUGACAGAUUCGCUGCGGGAUUUCACCAAUCUCCCAGAAGCUGCCCCUCUACUCACCAUACUGGACAUGUCUGCCAGAGCAAAGUAUGUGAUGGACGUAGAGGAGAUAACGCCAGGGAUCGUUGAGAGCUUUGUUAACGACUUCUUAGCAGAAAAACUGAAACCUGAACCCAUCUAGGGAGAUAACCCAGCCACAGUAUUUUUACCUGCAGAAAGUCAUUAUUUAAAACCACAGCUGCUUCUUUCCUUCCUGCCACAAGUAAAGGAUUUUAAUAUAGUGUCACAAGCUUGGAAACGCAUUUCCAUGGUGCCUUUUGUGUGUUUGUUUUAAAAUAAUCUGACCCUCGUCCUGGAACGCUCCUUUGUAUAACUGUGCUUCUGCAGGACAGUGUUAUCCGGCAGUGAGUGAAACAGCAACCCUAGGGCUGGACCUGCACCCGCUCUUUAUCAUAAACCAGAGAUGUUUCUUACUGGUAAAUUCACCACUUCAGUGUUUUGAUAUUCUGCUCUGACUGCUGCAAUAGCACAACAGUCUAUUACUCUUAGUAGUUAAUGUUUUGUUUUUUUUAAGUAUAUGAAUUGUUGUCCAUUACGCCAAAACCCACCUUUCUAGCUUCUCCACACAGUUUUGUAUGCAUAUUAUCAAUGUUUCGCUUGGGUGAUUGCUUUCUGUUAUUUGUAUCUAAGAAUUUUAUGAGAACUAUUAUAAGUGGCCUUGUUUAGUCACGUUUCAGCUUCCGUAUGUGCCAUUAUCAUGUCAUACCAUUCACUAAAUAUCCCAUAAGCCUUAGCAGUAUUCAGAGUUGUAGCUGUAUGAAACGCAUAUGUUCUGCUGACCUUCACACAGGAGACCAUGAGCCAUAAAUGAAAUCUUAUUACAAGUUCACUUUCUCUCCACAAGAUAAUUGCUUACAUAACGAGGCAAGAAUUGUAUAUAAAGCACAACUCCAGUCAUCUAAAUUUGUAUAUCAUCACAUGUCUCUUCUCUCCAGUCCAGCCACUGUUCAUUGUAAAAUCUUAUAUCUAUUUGUGAAGGACAAUGGAUGUAAAAUAUUUGCGAAACUCAUUAAAGUCAAGACACCAUUAAGAAUUUUCAUAGAA